AUGUGUGUGGGAAAAUGUUCCCGGUGUGUCGGCCUCAGCCUUUUUGUUCUAUCUGUACUGUCUCUUCUCCUGAACCUGUCCCUGCUCUUCCCAAACUGCGAUGGGUCCUACCUGCAGAAGGGGCUUAUCGGUACAUACGUUAUGGACAGUUUUCAUGUUGGAUUUUGGUUAGGGGGUGUUUUGGUUCUCCUGACUGGAAUACAAACUUUGCUAUCUGGUUAUAAAAUGCUGUUUUCCCUUGUUCUUUGUACCUUGGCCACCAUUGGAGCUCUUACUAGUCUGCUGUAUGUUAUAACUGCAUUGAAUAAUGGUCCGUAUUGCUUGUACAGACCGAGCGAGGAAGCUGAAGAAGAGUGGGGAUAUCCUUUGGCAAAUAAAACCAUACCGUGUUCUGCUGCUCUACCAACAAACACUUCCUAUGCUGAUUUGUAUAUCUUUGGCAUUCCGUUUGUGCACCCUGUUUGCAUCGAACCACCAAAUAUCGUACCCUGGACUGCCAGCUUUUUAACAUGCUUAUUUUUCAUAAACUUUAUGGAGACUGUUCUUUGCACCUCUCAGUUGAUAAAUGCAGGUUUUGGAAUAUGCUGUGGACUUUGUGACCCCAAAAAGUUAUCUUCCUCCAGAAUGUCAGUUUCCACACCAUCAGUGUACCAAUCAUACCUUCCAUAA